AUGCACCCGUUCUCCUUCCCUAUCGUUGGCAUCUUCGUAGCUGGAUACAUCACCGCCCGCUGGGACCUCAUCACCCAGCUGUAUGAGCUUGCAGUCUUUGCCUGGGACCACGGAGUCGUGCACCCACGCACACAAGAGACAGGCGUAUCCGCACGGGAACAGCUACGGCGCAGAGGAUCCUUCUAG